AUCUUUGGUAGUAGUGGGAGGAGCAGCUAUUUUUGUUCCCAGCUAGUAGCUCAGGGAGCUAGUUAGCUAAUCUACUAACGUGCUUGAAGUUUUUUUUUUUUUUUUUUUUAAUUUAGCGUGUCGUUUAGGUUGUGCUGUUUCAAUAAGAUGGUCGUGUUGACUAAUAACCAUGAAGAGGAGGAUAUUAUCCUGAUAGAAGAACGUAAGUGCGUCUCCCUGCCCAGCUCUCCGGCCAAAAGAGUGUCACCAACAAAGAGAAAGCAGUUUUUUAUCAAUCAAGCCAUCCGCAACUCUGACCUCAUACCCCGAGCCAAAGGCAAGAAGAGCCUCCGCCGCCAGGAGAACACACGCUUCCUUGCCAACCUUCUUGAGAGAGAUGAAUGUUCCAAAGAUGACUUGGAAGUUUGCAGUAAUCCGACCAUCCCGUCCAUUUUCACUGAAGCCUGCACCAAUAGAAGCUACAUUGAGCCCUGGAAUGACUUCAUGAACUGCUCUGGUGAGGAACAGGAACGACUUUUAGCUCUAUUGGAGGAAGAGGAAACCAAGAAGAAAAUCACCAACCAGGUCCUCAAGGACCAGAGGAAUGUAAAUCCUGCCUUCACUGCUCAGGACUGCUUCCAGAGAAUUGACCGAAGGCUGCGAGCCACUUUGAAACGGAAACAAAUCCCCAUGGGAACUCUGGAAGUGCUUGAGGAAAACCUUCUGAGCUUCUUUAAUGCUCAGCCUCGCUCAGUUUACACAACCAAUCUCGCCAACAGUUUUGAGCGACUGCUGCUUCAUGCCGUCUGCCAGUAUAUGGACCUCGUCUCUGCAAUGUGUGUGUGUGUAUUUUUCAGGUAUGGACUGCAACGGUGGACGUCAGACUGAAGUUGUGAAUAAACAAGAGUACUUUCUGCCUCCUGGUCUCCUGCUGUCUGCCUACCUGGAGAAGAUGAGCUGAGAUGAGGACCACACCACGUGUCCCUGUACCAUCCGAGCUGUCCUUGGUUAAUGCUUCUCCACAAGGUGUAGAAAAACCAGCUCAGUCUGUACUUACCAUGAUAGUCUGGAGUGUGUGAGAUGUCUUUUAAAACUCAACUCAGCCGUGCUGAUGAGGCUGAAAAAUGCCUCCUUCUGUUGCUCUGGGUUUUUUCCCCUUCAGCACUGCAUUUUGUGGUAAAUAUUUUCUUUGCAAACAGUUUAUCCACACACUGUUUGUGUGUGGAUAAACAUUAUUCAGUUGUUAGCAUGCCAAAAGUUACAUGCUAAAUGUAAUUGUGUUGUCAUGGCAGUAUGUUAACAUCCAGUCAAUGUUACAUUUAAUUGUAGACAUUAGCAUGCUAACUGUAGCAUUAUAGUACAAUGGAAUGCUGCAUGCUCGUAUUCUACUCAGAGCUCAGGUGAGACUUAUACUGCACCUGGGAUGGUGCUAUUUUGAAAAAUUAAUAAAUCCUUUAAAUCCCUUGUUUCAGAUAGUAAUUAAGAGUUGCAGUCAUGAUUUGGAUUCAUACAAUUCAAACAUUAAAAUGCAAAAAAUUGCAAUGAACUUGAAAAGGACUCGCUCGAAUGCAUCUCUCUACCAAGGGCUACUCUGCCAAUUUUUAUUUUUUAAUGCUUUAAAGUCUUCAACAAGAUAGCAGUUGAAUGUUGCAGUCAGCUGAUUCAUAAAUAUAUGUACUCGUAUGCAUUUGUGUGUGCAGGUCGACGUGUUUGUAAAUAUAAAUCUGAGAGACAUGCAUGCAUCCACUCGGGCAGCUUGGGUGGAUUUAGAGUCCUGUUGAUGAGCAACUUGAGUUUACAUUGUCUCAGUGAUAAUAGAACAAUCUCUCACUGCUGAUAGCUUACUUGUGUGUAGUCAGUUUGUUUAAAAGCAAAACAUUGUUUCAUAACUAUGCUGUAAUUUUCCACUGUAUAAAGUCUCACUCAAGUACUGUUUAAUGUAGGUGGGGCAAAACUAUAAGAACAGCACCGUAAUGGAUGAUAAUAAUAUACUAUAGUUUUAAGGACUUCAAGAUUACCUGUACCGUUAAAAGCAUAAUUUUAGGGGUUUUUUCCCAAUCUGCACAGUUAGAACUUUUAAAAUGUCUAAUAUGCUUUGAAGAUAUACUGCAUGUGCAGUAAAUAAAUGUUUUGCAUUGACAAAAAAAUUAGACCAUUUAGUGUUUCAGUAGAAAACCUGUUUAAAGUUGCACAUAUUUAUAUCUCAAUAUUACUGUCAACCUUCACAACCCCACACAAACACUUAUGUCUAAUACAACUUUUUUUUUCUUGAACGUAAAUUUUUACAGUUGGACAUGACUGGAUUUUGGAAGUGUACAUCCUGUUUUUUUGAAAAUCUUUCUUUAGUACAGUCACUGACUUUGUACUGAACCACGACUUUCAAGUGCAUUUUGUUGACAGUCAAAGUUUAGGCUUUCUCUGUUUGCAUGGAAAUCUGAUUUCUCAGGCUUUAAAAUUUUUGCUUUGAAUGUCAUAAUGUAAAUUGGCAGUGUGUAAUUUUCUACAUACUUUACGCUUUCUUAAAGAUGAACUUGUUUUCACCAUGUUCACCCCAACACCUCUGGGCUUUUCCCAGUAUUUCUAACCUUUUUAAAGGUCUUUCAAAGCAGUUAGUUGUACUGUAAAUCUUGAAAGGUGCCAAUAUGUGGAUUAAAAAACUGCCUACACUAAAAGCUUUAACAAGACAUAUGUAAUUGUGCAUUUAACUAUGUGUGUGUAAUUAUGUAUUUAUAUUUAUCACAACUAUUUUGUGGUACUUUUUCUUUUUUCCUUGUUUUCACUGUAGAAUGUUUCAGACAGCAAUAA